UUAAUGCAGUGGCACGCAUGAACGAAAUCCCACCGAAGAGUGUAGUUGGCUACUGUCAGCUCAUUGAUGCAUCGCCCACAGAUCUAUCAACAGUAUAUACCUUACUCAAGAAAUCCGUCGAAAUGGCGGCACAACUUGGACUUCACGAUACUGUCGUCGUUGUAGACCAAGCCAUAUAUGCGAAAGCUUUAGAAGUUAUAUGGAAGCAGAAAGAAGAGUUCCGGAGCGUUGUGUUACGCAUGGGAAGUUUUCAUAUCAUUUGCACGUUCCUCGCUGUAUUGGGAAAGCGAUUUGGAGAGAGUGGCCUGCAGGAUCUGCUGAUCGAGUCUAGAUUGGUAGGCAGUGGCUCUGUGAAUGGCGUUCUCCAAGGAAAACAUUAUAAUAGGGCACUGCGAACACAUAAGAUUGUUAUGGAAGCUUUGUUGCGUCUGAAUUGGCAAUCGUUUGUUGACACUAUGAAAGAUGACCAAGAAGUAAAGUCAUUCAAGCAAACUGUGACCACAGCUACGAUGAGCGUCCAAAGAGAAUUAUCAAGCUCCACGAUCCAGAGGCUGUACGAGACAACGGACCUUGAGAAGCUCCACGCAAAGUUUAAAGAUUUCAACAAAUCACCAGCUACUACCAAAAUGGCCAAAUACUGGUUUUCAUACAUCGAAAUGGUCAGUCUUCUCUUACGCUUUAUCCGCUCAAUAAGAGAGGGUGAUUGGAAAUUGUAUCUCACCUGCAUCCGUGAUAUGAUACCGUGGAUGUUUGCAUAUGACCGGGUCAACUAUUCUCGAUAUCUAUCCGUUUACCUCCUGGAUAUGCAGUCAUUAGAAGAAAAUCAUCCAGCGGUUCUGAGCGCGUUUCAAGAUGGCGAGUUYGUCGUCCAAAGAAGCAGUGGAAGCCCAUUCAGUCAAGUACCUGUGGACCAGACGAUCGAACAGACUGUCAAUCGAGACACAAAGACCAAGGGCGGCAUCAUAGGAUUCAGUGUCAAUAAGGGUGCUGUACAACGAUGGCUCCUUACAUCCCACGAACGCGCAGCCAUCACCCAAGCUUGCCGAGAGAUGGCAGGACUACAACAAACUGAUGGAGAUGCUGCAAAGAAGGAGAUGGGUAAGAGCAGAAUGACAGCCGACGAGAAAGAMGUUCAGAAAGUACUGGCGACCAUCAACAACUGGGUGAACCCAUUCRAACCAACAGAUGAAGUAGAGCUGUAUCACCUGGCAUCUGGAUCAACAGCGACUACACAGAUUGAGAAUGACCUGCUAACUGCACAUCAACAAGGCGAAGAAGCCAUGGAAUCCUUCUUUAGGACGAGGUUGCAGACUAAUGAAGUACCUUUCCAUAGUCCACUAAAGAAGUUGAAGCUUGCCAACUUUUCUUCGUCAAAGUUAUCUAAAGUAAAGAUCGCUGGCAAGGACACCAUGAUCAAAGCAGACAGAGAUCUUUUUGCUCGGCUUCUGGUAAUCGCCCAGAGAAGAUCCAUGGAUCUUUCUGAUGUUUUUCAAUACUCUAUUGGUCCUCUGCCCUGGUCCCUUGCUUCCGCUGAUGGCUCACUUGCCAAAACUGGCAAGUCAAAGCUGCUUGAAAUUCUGAYUAAGGACAUUCAGCCAGUUGAAGACGUCCCACCGACCUCGGCAAUGAUUAUUGACGGGAUGGCUAUUCUUCAGUCUCUGAAACCCAUUCCUGACACAUUUGAAGAGCUUGCCCUUAAAGUGUUCCAUCUUGCUGUCCCUCAUACAAGUCUAGCAAGACGAGUAGAUUUUGUAACGGACAGAUAUCCCGAAGUCUCUAUAAAAAACCCCGAAAGAGAAAAGCGAGCAAAUGAAGGCGUGGUUAAAAUUAAGAUCUCAGGAAGUGGUCAGAAAUGUCCAAAGCAAUGGAGAAAAUAUCUGAGCAGCGGCGAGAACAAAAUYGAAUUGGUGCAAUUCAUCUUGAAGKAAUGGUCUCAAGACAGGUACAAGCGUUUGAUUGGCAACCGCCACCUAUUCUUUGCUGUUGAGCUGAAGUGCUUCCGCCUUUCUGUAGCUGAUGAUAAAGUUUUGUGUGAGGAAAUCCCAACAUUAUGCAGCAACCACGAAGAAGCUGACACGAAGCUGCUUCUACAUGCCAAGCAUGCUGCAGACAGUGGAGAAAACACCGUCAUAAUCAAGUCGCAAGAUACAGAUGUGGCAAUCCUUGCUUGUCAUUUCAGUAACCAAAUCCCUGCACGCCUUCUACUUAUGAAAAAAGAGAAGACCAGAGUGGUAUAUCUCGAUGUCUCUGCCAUAUCAGAAGAAGCUGGCCCUUUGCUUUGCAAUGCUCUACCUGGUUUACACGCAUUUACUGGCUGUGACUCCGUUAGCUCUUUCUCAGGCAAAGGAAAGAAGGCGCCACUUAAGCAAUGCAGAAUCAAUGAAGCAGACUGUCAAACCAUGUCAAUGCUUGGGAGAUCGUUUGAAACCGAUKAUGCUCUUUUUUCUCACUGUGAAAGAUUUGUUUGUCACAUGUAUGGUUACCCAGAACUUUGCAGAGUUAAUAGUUGUCGUUACCAAAUGUUUGCAAGCAAACAAUCACAGUCACAUUGUCUACCACCUUGUCAAGAUGCGUUGAAGCACCAUACGAUGCGGGCAAACUACCAAGCUGCUGUUUGGCGACAGGCAUUAGUUGCAAAUCCCAAUGUCCCAUCACCUGAGAACCACGGAUGGAUCAUUCAAGAAGAAAGCCUCGCAUUAAAGUGGAUGUCACUCCCUCCUGCACCAGCAGCACUUCUUGAUUYGAUAAUGUGUGGAUGCACUGGAAAAUGUUCAACUGGCCACUGUACUUGUCAGAGAAAUGGCAUAUCGUGCACAGAUGCAUGCAUGUGUGCUGAUCAAUGUGAGAAUCCCCACAAUGCAUGGGAAAAUCCUGAUGAGGAUGAUGAAGAAGACAACAGCGGCCAAGAUGAUGAUGAUGACGACUAACGUUUGUCAAUUAAGAUGAUUUAAAAUCAAUCAUCGUUGAAACAAAACUUUUAUUUUUCUCUAAUUGAAUUGAUUCUUACCURUUUACUACUUGAAAAGAGUACACACAAGUAGUAAACAUCUAUAAGAGUGUUAAUUUGUUUUAAAUAAAAGAC